AAUACCUCAGCUUGAGGACUUCGCCAAUCACCACAACAAACAUCUCCAACUUCCUUCCCCCUCCCCAUGGAUUUUCUCCUCCUCCUCCAGAAAACCCUCGUCGGCCUCUUCUCUGCCGCCGCCGCUGCCAUCCUGAUCUCCAAACUCCGCGGCAAGCGCCUGAAUCUUCCGCCGGGCCCAUUCGCCCUUCCCCUUGUCGGAAGCUGGCUCCAAAUCGGCAACAAUUAAGACCACCACGACUUCAUAAACUACGCAAAGAAAUUCGGCCAACUCUUCCUCCUCAGAAUGGGGCAGCGCAACAUCGCCGUAAUCUCAUCCACCGAACUCGCCAAAGAAGUUCUACUCACACGGGGCAAAGAAUUCGGGUCCCGCUCAAGAAACAUCGUGUUCGAUAUCUUCACAGGCAAGGGCCAGGACAUGGUGUUCGCGGAGUACGGCGACCACUGGCGGAAGAUGCGGCGGAUCGUGUCGGUACCGUUUUUCACGAACAGGGUGGUGCAGCAGUACCGCCGCGAGUGGGAGGCGGAGGUGGCGAAGGUGGUGGAGGAAGUGAGGAGGAACCCGGCAGCGGCGGAGGAAGGGGUGGUGCUGAGGAGGAGACUGGAGCUGAUGGUGUACAACAACGUGUAUAAGAUGAUGUUUGAUAAGAGGUUCGAGAGCGAAGAGGAUCCGUUGUUUGUGAAGCUCAAGAGUGUGAAUGGGGAGAGGAGUAAAUUAGGACAGAGUCUUGAGUAUAAUUUUGGUGAUUUUUUUCCAUUUCUGAGACCAUUCUUGAGAGGGUAUUUGAAGACAUGCAGAGAGGUGAUGAGGAGAAGGUUGAAUUUAUACAAGGACUCUUUUAUUCACCAGAAGAAGAGUGUGGUUGCAACUAGAAAUGGGAUGGUAGAGAAGAAUAUUGACCUGAAAUGUGGCAUCGAUCACUUUCUUGAAGCGCAGAAGAAUGGAGUGAUCAAUGAAGACAAUGUCCUCUUCAUUGUUGAGAACAUGAAUGUUGCUGCAAUAGAGACAACUGUUUGGGCGCGGCGCUUGAGAAUUGCAGAACUCAUCAACAACCCUAAGAUCCAAGCAAAACUUCGGACUGAGAUUGACACCAUUCUCGGCCCGAAAAAUCAAGUUACGGAGCCCGACACCCACAAGCUCCCAUACCUUGAGGCCGUGAUCAAGGAAACUCUUCGCUUGAGAAUGAUAGGUCCUUGUUUGGUCCCCCAUAUGAACCUCCACCAAGCCAACCUCGGGGGCUACGAUAUCCCUGCCGAGUGUAGAAUAUACGUUAAUGCAUGGUGGCUAGCCAACAACCCGGCCCAUUGGGAAAGGCCCGAAGAAUUCAGGCCCGAAAGAUUCUUGGAGGAGGAGUCUAAUGUGCAAGUUAAUGGCAACAACAUCAAGUAUAUUCCAUUCGGGGUUGGCCGGAGGAACUGCCCUGGAAUGCUCAUUGCCAUGCCUGUCCUAGGCAUAACUUUGGGCAGCCUGGUCCAAAAUUUCGAGCUUCUGCCUCCUCCCGGGCAGUCGAAGAUCGACAUGACUGAGAACAACGGGCAGUUUGCAACUCGGAUGUUGAACCAUGCCACCAUUGUGUUGAAGCCAAGAUAUGUCUGAAGGUUCAAUAAUAUCUUUGGAAGUUAUGGUAUAAUUAAGUGCAUGCAUGUAUUUAUGUGCAUAUUUGCACCAGGAAGCAAAAUGUGUGUAUUUAGUUGUGGUUUUUGAAUAAAAAUGUAAUUAAAAUAAUCUUGUUUGCCUGUAAUAUCGGGUAAAUCA